GCCCAUUGCACCGGUUCCCAAGGACAUCAAAUCGCAUCCCGUCCCGCAUUCGUCCUGCAUCGCGGUCUAGCUGCAGAGCGGAAAAAAUGAUGGAUCGAAUACCUUCGCUAUCGAUACCGGGCUUAUCGCUGUCGCAUUCCCUUUCCAUACCGACGUCACAGGCCCUGUCGAAUCAAUCAUCGCACGCACUGAACUCGCUCGGGUUACAUUCGCAAAAUUUGCAUGCCUCAUCCGUGAACGCGCUACACAACUCGCAAACGACCAACCUGCACCAGAACGUCGGUGGGCUGCUGAAUGGUGCGGCUGGCAAUGGCCUGCUGGGCCAGGCGAUGCUGAAAAAACCUGCCGAGGAGCACAUCAAGCGGCCGAUGAACGCGUUCAUGGUGUGGUCACGGUUGCAGCGAAGGAAAAUUGCCCAGGAUAACCCGAAAAUGCACAACUCGGAGAUCUCGAAACGGCUCGGUGCAGAGUGGAAGCUGCUGACAGAGGACGAAAAGCGACCGUUCAUCGACGAAGCCAAGCGGUUGAGAGCGAUGCACAUGAAGGAACAUCCGGACUACAAGUACCGACCGCGCCGGAAGCCAAAACCAAUCCGCCGCGAUGGUUACCCAUACCCGAUGACGUACCCAUCGGUGCCUGUCGAUGCUCUGCGAGCCGGGAUCACGCCGAGUUACUUCGCACCGGGCGCUCCCUACCAUUUAGGAAGCCAUUUGUCACAGGCCAGUCCACCUACGACUCAGUCAUCGAUCGCCUCCCAGAUGGACGUCUCGAAGUUCGCCCUCGAUCGGAGCGCCUACCUCAACACGGCCGCUGCAGGCGCACUCUACGACUCGACGAAAGCCCAAAGCAACCCAUACAGCGCCUAUCUCGAUCCGACCUCCGUCCUGACGAAGGCCUACUUCGAUUCAAAGAUGUACCAGGAUCGAGCCCAAGCCGCCGCCAACUACGCGUUUGACAUUUCCAAAAUCUAUGGCUCCUCCGCUCAGCAACACCACCACCAACAACAGCAACCAUCGCCCCAUCAAAAGCAGCAGCAGCAACACCAGCAGCAGCAACAACAGCAUCAGCAACAGCAACAACACCAGCAACAGCAGCAGCAUCAGCAACACCUGCACCAUCAGUUGCACCAUCAACAUCAGCUACAGAACGGUGGUUUAGAUGAGCGAGAGUCAACACCUCAGCUGAGUGACGUCUCUGCGGACAUCAAACCACAAAUUGGGGAACCUUUGGAUGGGUCACCGCUACACAGCCACAGCUACGGGGCAGGUCUUUUAGGUGGAGGAGCUGCUGCUAGUGGCCUGUACCAGUACUCAGCGGCUGCUGCAGCUGCGGUUGCGGCCACAAGUGGAGCUGCUAGUUCGUCCUCUUCGUCCGGUGCUGGUGGUGGAGGAUCUUCCGGGGACUACCGGCGGCCAUUGACUGUCAUCUUCUGA